AAAUAAACAUCCAGUAUCCAGACAUAGAUAAAUAAGUAUCCAUGCUUAUUUGAUAAGAAAAUCUGCUCAAAAAAUUAAAUGAUUUUUUUGAAUAUUGGUACUUUGAUUUUACUUGUUGUGCUUGUGCUUCAUAUGCCUUGUUAGGAAAAAAUCCCUGCCAGUUAAUGCGAAUUCAAAAAUAUCUAAAGGAUCUUGAUUCCUGUAAGAAGAUAGAAAAGAAUAUAACAGAAAACUGGAUCGAGCGGAGAAAAUGUCGAGAAUACUAAAUAAUGUGCAAUAUGCUGCAUACGCUGUUGCUCGUCAAACAUCUUUUUGCAACAAUUCAGCGAAGGCUGUCAUGGCUAGAGAACAGCUAAUGAAGUGGCUUAUACCCAACAAUGAUGUUAAAUUGAUUGGCUUGAGUUUGCAAAUAAUAGGCUUUCUCUUGCAUGAAAUUGUAACUGUAAUAGUUGAUAUGGCUCUGCUUAUCAGACAAGAACAGGGCUUGCAAGAUUGCAGUCAAAUUCGGCCAAUAUCUGAGCGGGAGAUCACUGAAGCUGUACGACGAUAUUCAGUUUUACAUUGUGGAAUAGCCUGUCAACAUUCAGAUUUUAAUAAUACAUCACGAACAACUGUAUUUCUUUAA